UCAAUUCCAAACUCGUCGAAAUUCAAGUCCAAAGACGAACCUGUGACAUUGGCAUAAUCUAGCAAUGCUUUGUAUAAAUACUAUCUACAAGUUGAAGUCCUACAAUAGUUCCUGUUGAACCAUCUUUCAGAAUGCAGGUAAAACUAUCCUUACUGCUGGCUUUGAGCCUUAUCGCCGGCGAGACGAUUGCUGACAGUCUGGCAGCGGCAGCGGGGGAGAGUCAACCUCAGCCGGUCGUGCACUGGAAGCCAACGGGCCGCGUGCUCCUGCUUCCCGCCAAGCAACAGACGGCGCAGUUGUACGGGCCGCCCCCGGCUGAGUUUGCCAACACCAACCAACAGUCGCCGGCUGACUAUGACGACGACACUCUCUCGCCUCCACCCGAGGAGGAAGGCACUCAAGCUCCCUUCACGGACGAGUAUCCCACUACUACGCCACAAACUGACGAAUCAAGUGACGGAUACUCGUUCAUCACAAGCGAGCAACAAAAGGAGCAGCCUCAAGUGACCAGUGGUGUCUACCAUGUCCUUUUACCAGACGGCAGACUACAGCGAGUUGAGUACACAACUGCACCACUCAAACAAGCCGCUCACACCAGAAACGCAAAUCCAUCACAGGCAAGCUCACAUCAGAACGCUGACCAAACUGGACAAAAUAGCAGAACCGGACAAUUCAGCUUCCAGAAACCAUCUUUCCAAAGCAACCAGUUCGCUUUGAACUCAUUCAAACAGAAUCAGUACCAAGAGAACAAUCUGGGACAGAAUUCCGCUCAAGUAUCAGCUAGUGGUCAGUACAGAACCAGUCAGGGCAGUCCUUCAAACUUCCAGUCAUUCUACUACCAGCAACAGAAAGAGGAACCCAAAUCUGUCUCAUCACAGACCACCCCAUCACCCAAAUCAUCGGAUGGUGGAAAAGUAUCCAACAAAACAAUCCUGGUUAAACCAGUAUUUGUCAGCGCACAUUUUGGACCAACUCCAAGCAAACCAGCUGUGAGUGUGUCAACACAGGGUAAACCAUCUGUAAGUGUAACAACUCAGGGUAAACCAUCUGUGAGUGUAACAACUCAGGGUAAACAAUUUGUUGGUGGACAGAACCAAGACACACCUGCAGUUUCUGUACAAACUGUUUCCCAUUACACACACCUUCAACCCUCAUCCCAUUACACAUACCCUCAACCCUCAUCCCAUUACACAUACCCUCAACCCUCUUACCCCAGCUACACUUACCAACCAAUUGAGUUUGCAAGGCAGCAAGAGGCUGACAAUGGUCCUUCAUCACCUUUUGUUUUCAACGGGUAUUUGGCUUCAGUUGAAUAUCCUGGUCAACAACCUGUUGCUCCACCUUCUCCUGUUUACUACUCAUACAGUUCCGCACCACUGGUGCGCAUUUUCAGAAGAACUGAUUAAAACAUCAUUAAGGGUUUCUCAUAAACCAAAUACCAAAGUUUAUUGGUGAUUUCCAGUUUACCAUAUUCGUGAACUUUAUUUGAAUAACAAGCAAAUGGAGUUAAACUGUGAUCGAUAAUAAUAUUGUAAUAUUAUUGAGCUAGUAGAAAUAUGUCGAUGAGUCAUGUCUUUAAGUCACUUUUGAACAAAUUUUUAACUUAAUCUGAAUAUUAUUUGAAAAUUGCAAUUUUCUUGAUUCAUUUUUUUCUUAGCUAUUCAUUAAUUUAUUCAUGUAAAUGUUAAUAUUUAUUGUCUGUUGAAAAUAAAUUUUGAAUUAACAUUUUA